ACAAAGAUCUACCUCACUAUUUUGAAAAAAUAGAUUUUUUAAUUAUUAAAUAUAUAAAAAAGAUCUAUAUACUCUUAUUUUUUGUUUUUUGUAUUUUUGUGAAUUUCAGUGGGCCCAACGCUCUCUACCCCAGUCCGGCCCUGAUCCAGACUGAUACAAAACAUACAUACAGCAGAGAGAGGGAGAGAGAGAGAGUGUGUGGCAGCUCACAUGGAGUCUGGGAAAUUGAGGCUUCUUGCUCUGCUGCCAAUUCUUGCAUCACUCCUUCUACUCUGUUCCGAUAGUCUUCCGCAGUUUGUUCGACAAGCCAAGCGAAUCAACUGCAGCCAUGUACAGCAAAGGCAUUACUGGAUAGCUAGCAAGCGUAUUGUGACGCCAAAUGCAAUUGUUUCUGGUGCAGUUGAAGUGAAAGACGGAAAGAUUCUAGCUGUUGUUGAGGGAGAUGACUGGCGUGGGAAUGCUUGGACUCACCAAAUCAUUGAUUAUGGGGAGGCUGUUGUUAUGCCCGGAUUGAUCGAUGUGCACGCACAUCUUGAUGACCCUGGAAGAACAGAAUGGGAAGGAUUUCCUUCGGGUACAAUGGCAGCUGCUGCUGGUGGUAUCACGACAUUGAUUGAUAUGCCUUUGAAUAGCUACCCUUCUACAGUUUCGGAAGAGACACUCAAACUUAAGAUCAAGGCGGCUCAGGGGAGGAUCUUCGUUGAUGUUGGUUUUUGGGGAGGUCUGGUUCCGGAGAAUGCAUUCAAUUCAACGGCUUUGGAGCGUCUUCUCGAGGCUGGAGCACUUGGCCUCAAGUCUUUCAUGUGCCCCUCCGGGAUCAAUGACUUUCCCAUGACAAAUUCCAGCCAUAUAAAGGAAGGAUUGUCUGUACUGGCAAAAUAUGGAAGACCACUCCUCGUGCACGCUGAGAUUGAACAGGAACCUCAAGGGCUGGUUAUGGCAGAUGCAAAUCCUAGAUCGUAUUCCACGUAUCUCAAGACUCGCCCUGCUUCAUGGGAAGAAGGCGCAAUAAGAGAGCUCUUAACAGUAAGUAAAAACACUAGAGCUGGAGGUGUUGCUGAGGGUGCUCAUCUCCACAUUGUUCAUUUGGCCGAUGCCAGAUCCUCUUUAGACCUUAUAAAGGAAGCUAAGCGUAGCGGUGAUAGCAUCAGCGUUGAGACGUGCCCCCACUAUUUGGCCUUCUCAGCUGAAGAAAUUGCAGAUGGGGAUACUCGCUUCAAGUGCGCUCCACCAAUCCGCGACGCUCAGAAUAGACACAAGCUGUGGGAAGCUUUGCUGGAUGGAGACAUCGAUAUGUUGAGCUCGGAUCACUCGCCCUCAGCUCCGGAGCUGAAGCUCUCGGAGGAGGGGGAUUUCCUGAGAGCAUGGGGCGGCGUAUCUUCUCUGCAGUUUGUUCUGCCGGUGACAUGGUGGUACGGACGCAAACACGGGAUGAGUCUCCAUCAGUUAGUAUCAUGGUGGAGCGAGAAGCCCGCGCAACUCGCUUCCCAGCAUCUCAAGGGGGCGAUCGCAGCUGGAAAUUAUGCGGAUAUUGUGGCGUGGGAUCCUGAUGCGGAAUUUGAAGUGGAUGAGCAUCACCGCGUGUACCAUAAGCAUCGGAACAUUUCGGCUUACAUGGGAUCCAAACUGGCGGGAAAAGUGUUAGGUACGUUUGUGAGAGGCAAUCUGGUUUACCAAACAGGGAAGCAUGCUCCCGCCGCCUGCGGCCUCCCAAUCCUAGCUUAGAAUUCCUCUCUUUGAUUUCUUGGUCUCCAACUGUAAAUGAUGAAUUGUAACAACCAUAUGUAUUCAAACUCAAAUAGAUCAUGUUUUCAUGUCAUCCUAUCCUAUGCAUACAAUAGAUAUGGAAAUUUAUUAAUUUUGUCAUCAUAAUA